CGAUGUUUCUGCGGAAGUCGAGUGUCAGCAGUUGUAAAUACUGUCGCAGCUCCAUAUAUCCAUAUAUAUUUAAAGGUGAUAAAUGGCAGAGGUAGAGAGCAGGAGAGACGAUCCAGCACCGGUUUGUAUCUGCGUGUUGUGCGGACUUCCCGCUGCAGGUAAAUCCACCUUGUCGCGCGCGGUGAGUCGCGGAGCCGCGAAGUUCGGCUGGAGGGCCACUGUGGUCACCUACGACGACCUGAUCCCAGACCCGGCUUUCCUCACCGAACUUCCUGUGAACCCUGUUGAUCUCCAAGAACCGCAGACUCAAUGGAAGUCCCAGAGACAGGCUGUACUGCACUGCAUAGAACAAUUUUUGAAGAAUCCUCGAGUGUUUCCCGAGUUUCCAGGUGGUUGUCAAUUCAUGGGUUCAAAUCCGCGGACGCCGUCAGAGCGUGUAUAUCAUUUGGACGAGGCACCCAUCCUCUUGCUUCUUGACGACAACUUCUACUACCCCAGCAUGAGAUAUGAGGUUUUCCAGCUGGCAAGAGAGAAUUCGCUGAGCUUCUGCCAGGUCUAUCUCCAGUGCAGCUUGGAGUUGUGCCUCAGCAGAAACCAAACCCGACCUCACCCUGUUCCUGCUGACGUUAUAUCAGAGAUGAAUAAGAGAUUGGUGGCACCCAAUUCUCAAAAAAAUUCCUGGGAAAACAACAGCAUCACACUCGACACUACAAACACUCUGACAGUGAAUGACAUUCAGAGAGUUAUGGAAUGUAUCCGAUCUGCGUUUAACAAUCCCCUGAGCCCAAUUGAGGACAACACUGAACAGAAGGAAGCAGACCGCCAGAAGUGUGCUGCGAGCAUCCUUCACCAGACCGACCAAGCUUGUCGACGUUUAAUUUCGGAGGCGAUGAAGACUGCAAGAGAUAACCGGGUGCCUUCUGACACCAUGAAGACCUUAGCAGCUCAGCUGAAUGAAUCCAAAAACAGAUUUCUUCAUAACCUACGGACUCAGUCCCUUCAGCAAUCACCUUUCACCCCAGAGGAGGACAUCAAUGUGGACCUUGUGGUGAAAAGAGCUGUCGGCUUGUUUGGCCAUGAGACCAAGGAAAUUAUGUCUACCGUUAUAAAUAGUGAUUCCUAAGCAUAUGGGUCAUUGUUUUCUUCAAAUAUGCUUGUGCCAUGCAAUAUUUUUUGUUGUAAAUAAAGAAAUGUAAACUUUGUAACGCAGGUUCAUAAAGCAAUGAAACACC